GGCUUGGAGCAACCUGGAAUAAUGGAUGGUGUCCCUGCCCAUGGCUGGGGUGGCACUGGGUGGUCAUUAAAGUCCCUUCCACCCAGACCAUUCCACAUCUCUAUGACUCUGUGCUGCCCCUCCCUGCUACGCCCAGCACUCAGAACUGUCCCCUUUGUGACAGCAGCCCUGGCCCGGGCACUGUGAGCACCACGAAGGCUGUGGGGGCUGUGGCGGGGCCACACUAGAGGUGCCACCUCGGUUCUGGCUGUGCCACCUGUGCUGGCACCGAUGGCUCUUCUGCGGCUGCUCCUCCUGCUGGCCCUGGCCAGGCCCGUGUGGGGCUCCUGGGACACAUGCAGAGGCACCUGCGGGCUCCGGCCCAUGGCUUCCGACCACAGCUCUUCAGAUCUUGACUACGACUCCAUGAUUUCUCCUGCUGACCUGUCCCGUGUUGUGGCUGGCACGGGUGUCCAGCCAGGGGCCUGGCCCGGCAUUGUCAGCAUCCAGGCCACCUGGGAGAACGGCACGUGGCACAUGUGCUCGGGUGUCCUCCUCAGCUCCCAGUGGGUGCUCACGGUCGCACACUGCUUCGCCAGGGCCGGGGGCAUCUCCAGGUGGGAAGUGGUGAUGGGGGUUUCGGAUCUGAGCCAGCCGGGCCCCGAGGCUGAGGUGAGACACAUCCAGAGGCUCCUGGUGCACCAGCACUACGUGCCUGCCACAGCCAGGAAUGACAUCGCCCUGGUGGAGCUGGACCGGCCCGUGGAGUGCAGUGACUACAUCCAGCUGGGCUGCGUGCCCGACGCCUCCAUCAGGGUCUUGGAGCUGAAAUCCUGCUACAUCGCCGGCUGGAACUUUGCCAGAGCUCAGGGAACAGGCAUGGUGCUGCAGGAGUCCAAGGUCCACCUCAUGGACACAGAGCUCUGCAACAGCAGCCCAUGGUAUGCAGGGGCUGUUCAUGCUGACAACCUGUGUGCUGGGUACCCACAGGGCAGCAUCGACACCUGCCAGGGGGACAGCGGGGGUCCCCUCGUCUGCAAGGACAACAGAGCUGACUACUACUGGCUGGUGGGGUUGAACAGCUGGGGAAGAGGCUGUGACAGAGCCAGGCACCCUGGGAUCUACACCUCCACUCAGCACUUCUACAACUGGAUCCUGCUCCAGACGGGCCUGAGCCCAGCAGAAAGAGCUGGUCCAGCACCAAAGCCAGUCGUCACCUUGGCCCCUGAGGAGGAGCCUGAGGAACCAGAGGAACAUAUCAGCUUGACCCCCGAGUACAGUCAGAGACUAGCAGUGACAUCCUCGGGCACGUCACUGCCCAUGGCAUUCCCCCACCAGAUCCUGGUGCAAUUCUGGAAUCUGCUGCAGGAGUUCCUGCAGUUUUGGAAGGGCAAAAAAGCCUGAGCAGCAGUGCAGUGGGAUGAGCAGGAUCCAGGGCUACAGUGGAUCACAGCAGAUCCUGCUGGGCCAAAGGUAGCCUUGGGGCCAGAGGCUUCUCUGUCCUGCCCAUGCUGCUGUGCUGUGGCCACAGCAAUGCUGAUGUGACUGAGGUGUUGAAGUAAAGUUUCUGUGCUCACCAU